AGAAUGGACAUCUCUAUGGUCGUUUGUCGCCUACUUAAAAUAUGGCCGUGCGUGGCCGCUGGCCGACGAUCGUUGAUAUUUAGCAAUAGUCCCGAUAGACCCGAUACUUGACUGUAGUAUAAGAGGGACGAAUAUUUUCGAGUCCUCGCCAGUUAUCGCGCGUCGAGUGACGUUCCAGUACGACGAAACGUCGCCUCCGAGAGGGAAUCUGCCGAGAUGAGCGCGACGGCGGAGGGUAGAAGGGUGCAGGAUCUCCCACCGAAGGGCGGCUACGGACCCAUUCAAACGGAAAGGGUGAAAUUACGCUCCAUUCUCGGCGCUAAAUCCACGAUCGGACUUUUCGUAGGCACCUCUGUCGUCGGAUUCUAUCUCUACUAUCUGAAUCACAAGUUGGUCAGGCACCAGGAGGUCGAGAAGAGAAGCGCACGCAUGGCUAUUUUUCCAGCGUUGAUAGCGGAACGUGACAGAAGUGUCUUGAAACAAAUGAGACGUAAUCGGGAUGCGGAAGGGGAAUUGAUGAAGAAUGUCGACAGAUGGGAAGUUGGAACGUAUUAUGGGGAACCCAUAUUCUACCUGGACAACGAGAAUCACUAUAGAGAGCCAUUGUUUUGGGAACAUUUUGCGCACUCUGAUCCGUCUAAAGUUCGCGAACGUUACGAGCGUCAUUUAUUGACGUAGGAGUAGCGUUAAUAUUUGCCAUUCAGGUUCCAGCCAGCUGUGAAUUGGAAAAGUAGUCUAUUAAUAAUGUAAUUAUUACGAGUGUAAUUACUAUCAACUUUGGAAAAUUAUAGGUUACAAUAAAAUUACAUAAUGAGUCUUGAC